CCAAAAUCACCAAUACAUACCCUAGUCGCGACAACCUUUGACAGAAUCUCUUGGCACUUGUUUUUCCUCCAACAAUGGAAAUAGAAGAUGUGUAUAAACCUAAACACAAGAUUUCUCACACUUUCUCAGACUUCAUGAUUAGGAUUACAAAGUUUGAUGAAUUAGCGGAAGUGGGAAGUAGAUUACUAGUUGGUUUUCAACAAGGACUUGUUUGCUUGCUUUUGUCAGAGUAUCUGCGGCGUCAACCGAUUGAAAAGUAUUCUGAAUUGGUCGAGCGCAUUAUUAGAGACAAUGAAACUGAUAGGCUUUCCUCCUACAUAGAAGCUGGAUGUCUGAAUGCUCAUGAUUCUGUACAAAAUAUGUCCAAGUUACAUACAUGCCACCUUGGUCUUCAAGAUCAUGUAAACAAAGCGAAGUGUGUAGUUGAUGAACUUGCAUGUCUUUUAAAGGAUGCGGAAGCUGUAGUGCAAUCGAUAAAUUGUUGUUUGGCUCAAAAGGGGGAACUAAAUGUUGGCAAUGGUAAAGAUUUGUUGGAAACCUCUGAUGAUGAAGAAGAAGCAUCGUCUGUUGAUUCUCUGAAACAUGUAGUCAUUGAUACUGCAACACUGAUGGCAAUAGUGUACUCCAUGGUAAAAAGUGACUACACAAUGCAGGAAAAAAUUGUUUCUUCCCUUAACCUCACUUCACCUUCCGGAGAAUUGGAUAGCUAUUCCAGCAUGUGGUCGUUGCGCCCUUACAUAGAUGAUGAAAUCAUGCAUAAAGCUUGGAAACUUGUCCGCUAACUCGUUCUAUAGCAGAAUGGAUAGCUAUUCCAGCAUGUGGUCGUUGUGCCCUUACAUAGAUGAUGAAAUCAUGCAUAAAGCUUGGAAACUUGUCCGCUAACUCGUUCUAUAGCAGAAAAAGCUCUACUGUAUAGUUUUCUUGCUGGAAAUUUGCUUGAAGCCGUAGCAAAAUGCAGUUGGGAUAUAAGAAAAAAAGACAGACGAAAGGAAGUACCGGAAAUUAUAGGAGUUUGGGGGUUGAAGAAGGUUAUGAUAUUGAAGAUUAUUAAUUAUUGGUUCAAAUAUGUAAUUGUGUUAUAGCAGUGAAUCAAGUGGAUUAACACAUUUA